GGGAAAAGGGCUGGACCAAGGGCUUGGCACCUAAGUUCAUCUUCAGUUAGGAGAGCUGGGACUUAGCCUCAGCUACCCAACCUCCAUGUGUCUCUCAACCAGUUCCUGUUGACGGCAGAGGGACCUUUCCAGAUGCAAACUGGGCCAUGUUAUUCCUUGCUUUAAAUCCUGAAAUGUUUCUUCCAACUAAAAUGUAAAAUUUAGAUAAAACCCUGAAAUAGUUUCUCUAAGUAUCUAGAGUAUAAAAUUUGAAUUCACUAGAAUAGCACACCUACUAGAAUAGGCUGUCUAUGAUUUGGGUCCUGCCUACCUCUCCAUCCUCUUGUGGGGCUACUUGUCCACAUGUGCCUUGUGGUCUAGCUUUAGUGAAUCCCUACAGUUUCUUUGCCACCCUGUGCUCUCUCAGACUCCUUUCCACUGCUCAGAAUGCUAGCCCCCUCCUGCCCUCUGCUCCACCUCCCUGCCCCCAUCCCGCCUCAGCUGACAUCCUGUUCAUGUAUUAAGACCACUCUGACAUUGCCACCUUAGGGAAUCUCCAAUUCCUGUUGCUUGUUAGGUGCUCCUCUUCUGGACGGAGCAGAGAAUAUGAACCUUUUUUCCAGAUGUGCUUGGAUUUAGUUGUUUUGUUACUUGGCAAGGUUUCUAAUCUUUAGUCUGUUUCUGAAUCACAGCAUGGAAAGAAUGAUACCUUACAGGGUUGCUGUGAAGGCUAAAUGAGAUAAUGCACAUGGGCUUCUAGCACCGUGCCUGGUGCACGGCAGGCUUUCUUCUCUUCCCCAGCACACACACCUGCAACACUGCUUUAUGCCAGGAAGCCUCUCUUUCCAUUGUAAUCGUUAGUUAACCCAUCUGUCGCUCACUUUAGACAAACUGAGAGUUCCAACAAGAUGUCUUUUAUCUCUUCAUCCCCCCAAACACAGGAGAAGAGUACAUGUUUGGGGAAGAGAACUGUGAGUUUCAUUUUGAAAAUGAGUUUGAGGUGCUUGUGAGAAUGCCCGAGUGCAGAUGGCCAUUGGCAGUUGGAGCCAGCUGGGUCUGGAGCUUAGGGAAGUCUAGGUUGGAGAUACAGGUAGGGGAACGAGCUGUGUCAUUGGUGGUUGGAGAUUUGGAUGAGGUGUAGUGUCUUAGUUCAGGUUCCUCAGAAAAUCGAGCCGGAGGCAAAGCUGAAGUGCUAGUGCUUAAGGCAGCUGCAAUCUCCAAGCACUGAGAUGGAGGAAGAGGAUUGAGGGAAGCUAGGCAGGGAAGAAAAAGAAAUGAGGUAUGUUUUUAGGAGUUGGCCGCUGCUUCACAAAGACACAGCUAACCCCUUGCCUGUGUGUACCGUCUCUGGAUAGACUGUUGAGAAACACUGUGCCCAGCUGGAACAUUCCAUUGGGAUUGAUGGAAGGAUGGAGAGCAGAUUCACCUCCUCUUCUUCCUGUGUUCUUUUGUUGCUCCAAGUUUUCCCUCCCUCACUUGCUGGGAUUGCAUUACUUGACCACCAGGAAAGCCGGAUCCCAUGCCCUGCAGCCAUCCAAGUCCUGAAGUAGUGAGGUGAGCAGAAAGGCACUGGUCCAAAGGACUUGGUCAAGGCAGAGCAAGCAACUGAAGGCCUGGAAAUCAGGUGAGGCCUCAAGUCACCCGAGUAGAGUGUCCAGGGCAGGGGGAGGCAAGAGCCCGGGGCAGUCCUGAGUGUUACAGAGCCUGCAGUGGAGCUCAAGGGAGCAUCCAUUGGAGAAAGGUCCCCAGAAGAAGUGUCACAAGGCCAAGGAGGAGAGGUAGUCAGCAGGCUCUGAUACAGCUCAGAGGUCCUGUGGGCUGCAUUCUGGAAAGUAGCACCUGAUUCUCAGAUGCCUGAUGAGCUGACCAGAGCAGUCUUGGUGGGAUAGAGGGAGCAGAAACUGGGGCAUGGUGGCAAGAAAGGGGAGAGAGCAGCAUGUGUGCACUGUGUCCCAGUGUUCAAUCGUGGAAGCUGAUGCAAGCAUCACUACAGAUGGUAAUGGGAGCUCCUCAUGGGGCCCAAGAGGUUUCUGGAAACUGGGAUGUGAUGACGGGGUAGAGAAGCCUAGUGAGGCACCCUGUACCAAGGAUGGAGCACAGCAUGGGAAGAACCUCCUUUGAUGCAUCCACUCAACUCCCAGUUGUGCCAUGAGAACCAGGCAGACUGGCUGGCGAUUGGCAGGGGCAGGGUAUAAACAGUCAAUUUUGUCACCUAGGAACCCCUCUCUUUUUGGGGUUCUUGGGCAGAUUCCUAGGGUCAACAUCAAUUUCCCCAACAUAGCAGCUUUGUGAAGUAAGAAUAAGGCUCAUAUCCCAGCUCUUCCUCUUACAAGCUGUGUGAAUUUGGGCAAGUUGCUUAAGCUCUUGUUUUCAGUUUCUGUAUCUGUACUGAGGCUAAUAGCACCUUCCUCAGGUGGUAUUCCUUCCACAGGUAAUUUCUAGGGGAAGAUUAAAUGAGAUACCAUGCUUGACACAGGUACUCAAUAAAAAAGGAUAUUUGGGAGAGGCUGAAACUGAAUAAAUGAAAUACAAGUAGCCAUGUUCCUAAGACAUACAUUUAUGACAUAAAUAAUCAUAUUUUGGGUCCCAAGGGAUAGGCAGUCCUUGGCGCUCAGCUUUUAGCUUGUUUUCAUGGUCUGUUACCAUCUUACUUUCUGCCGUCCAGGUACUGUUUCCUCCUACUCUUAGCAGGCCAAGACUGAAGGAGAAUCAAAGGUUUGUGGCAUUCUCCCUCCCCACCCCAAUUUGAAUUUGCUCGCUUGGUUCCCAUUUUCUGUGCUACCCCACAGUGGGGAGCAGGAAUGGAGGCAGUACGGAGACUCGAGUCUCUGCUGGCUAAUCCUAGGACACGUGCAAGGCCCCAGAGCUGACUGUGCCCUACCCAGCCUUGGAGCUGAAAGUGAACCAAGAGCACGUGUGCUCCACAGCUCCAGGUGCCCAACUGGGGCAGCUUCAGAGGAUGGAAUACCUUUACCCCUGUCAAGUAGGCCCAGGGCACCUGGAGAACAUGGGACCUGAGGGUGAGGGUUCCUCCUACCUUCCUGUGGGUGUUGUGAUCCAUGUAGUUCUCUCCAAUAUGUAUGUUGAGAAACAUGUCGUUCAUCCAGGCUUCUUUCAUCUUUACCACAUGUGCAAGCUGACUGGCACUGCUGCUCCCAGGGACAGAUGGCCGUUACUGCUGAGAUUGCUAGCCUCAGUCUUCACCUGGGCUGCUGGAGCAAAAUACCACGGAUGGGAUGGUUUAUUGGCAACAAACAUUGAUCUCUCUCAGUUCUGGAGGCUGGGAGUCUGAGAUCAGGGUGCCAGCAGAAUGAGGUUCUGGAGAAGGUGCUCUUCUGGUUGCAGGCAGCUGACUUCUCAGACCCUUACAUGGCAGAAAGUUAGGUUAGAAACUCCAAACCCAUGACUUUUGAUUGAACAAUGGGGCCAAUACCAAGUGAAGCUUUGCUUCACGUGCGACAACAGGAUGGAGCUACAAGAAAACAAACACUUCCAUAGAAUAUAACUGAGAAGCCCCUUGAACUUCCUUCAACCAAGCCAUACCUACUGGCCAAAGAUGUUGUACUUUUCAACCGACAGAGGAUAGUGGAGAUGCCAUUGAUGCCACCUUUUACCAUAGGAAGGGACAUGUGAAUGUACAAGAAGGUGAUGGAGCUGCGGUCAGCACUGGAUGCAGUGGAUGCAGCAGGAUAAAGAAGGAUACAGAGCAGCGCCAAGAAAGCUUAUGGUAUGGUGCUCACGCUUCUUCUUGUGAUGCUGUGAGAUGAUAACAGGCCCAUGUGAUGAGAUGAAGUGAAGUGAAAGACGUAGGCACUGUGACAUACCGUUAGGCUACUUCUGACCUGCUGAUAAAGGAGGAUCACCUGCUUCUGGACCACGGAUGACUGCAGAAUUAAACCUGUCUACCCAGCACUGGAAGACUCCCUACCUACACAGUGAGAAUCUGCACUGGAGGUUUCCUGUGAAGAGAGGAGGAGAGGAGCACAGCCUGGACUUGCUCUGAAGCAGGCAGUUCUCAGAAGGCUCUGAGUCAUGGCACAAACCCAUUCAUUCUCCCAAUCGCUGCCUCUAGUUAUGAAGGUGGAAGAAGAGAAGGCUGGGGUAGGGAAGCUGGACCCUACUAACUACAGGAGGAGAUGUCAGGAUCAGGAAGACUGCCGUUCCAUCCACAUUGGGCUUUCGGUCCCCAGUUACCCUCAAAGGAAAAGAGAUCAGCAAGGACGUCUUUCAGGACUGCAGAAGGUCUGCUGGGGCCUGCAGCCAGACAAGCCACAGCAGGAACUGACUGGCACGGGGAGCAGGGGAAGCAGCCGGGAUGGCAAUGUGGAUCGUGUCAGCAGGACCCGGUCUCCAGCUGCUGAGCAGCUCCAGGACAUCCUGGGGGAGGAAGAUGAGGCUCCCAACCCUACCCUCUUCACAGAGAUGGACACUCUGCAGCAUGACGGAGACCAGAUGGAGUGGAAGGAGUCAGCCAGGUGGAUAAAGUUUGAAGAAAAGGUAGAGGAAGGAGGCGAGCGCUGGAGCAAGCCCCAUGUAUCCACAUUGUCGCUGCACAGCCUCUUCGAGCUCCGGACCUGCUUGCAGACGGGGACGGUGCUGCUGGAUUUGGACAGUGGCUCCUUACCACAGAUCAUAGAUGAUGUCAUCGAGAAGCAAAUUGAGGACGGCCUCCUGCGACCAGAGCUCCGGGAGAGGGUCAGCUAUGUCCUCCUGAGGAAACACCGUCACCAAACCAAAAAGCCCAUCCAUCGCUCCUUGGUUGACAUUGGAAAGUCCGUCUCUUCCACCACCAAUCGCAGCCCAGCCCGGAGCCCAGUGGCUGGUCCAAGCCUACACCACUCCACCGAGGACCUGAGGAUGCGGCAAAGCGCCAAUUACGGAAGGCUGUGUCACGCCCAGAGCAGGAGCAUGAAUGAUAUUUCUCGCACCCCAAACACAGACCAGCGGAAAAACAAAUUCAUGAAGAAGAUCCCCAAGGACUCAGAAGCCUCCAAUGUACUCGUGGGUGAGGUGGACUUCCUGGACCAGCCAUUUAUUGCCUUUGUGCGUCUCAUCCAGUCAGCCAUGCUGGGAGGAGUGACUGAGGUCCCUGUCCCCACCAGAUUUCUGUUCAUAUUGCUUGGACCUUCUGGGAGAUCAAAAUCCUACAAUGAAAUUGGCCGUGCCAUUGCAACCCUCAUGGUAGACGAUCUCUUCAGUGACGUGGCCUAUAAAGCCCGAAAUCGGGAAGAUCUGAUAGCAGGGAUUGAUGAAUUUCUGGAUGAGGUCAUCGUCCUUCCCCCUGGAGAAUGGGACCCAAAUAUCCGAAUUGAGCCCCCCAAGAAAGUGCCCUCUGCUGAUAAGAGGAAAUCCGUGUUCUCCCUGACGGAGCUAGGCCAGAUGAACGGCUCUGUGGGCGGAGGCGGAGCGGUUGCUGGAGGCGGCGCGGGAGGCGGCGGCAGUGGCGGCGGGGCCGGCGGAGGGAGCAGCGGGGAGGACGGAGAGAUGCCAGCCAUGCACGAAAUCGGGGAAGAGCUUAUCUGGACGGGAAGGUUCUUCGGUGGCCUGCGUCUGGAUAUCAAGAGGAAGCUGCCCUGGUUCCUAAGUGAUUUCUACGAUGGCUUCCACAUUCAGUCCAUCUCUGCCAUCCUGUUCAUCUACCUCGGCUGUAUCACCAACGCAAUCACCUUUGGUGGGCUUCUGGGGGAUGCCACUGACAAUUAUCAGGGAGUGAUGGAGAGCUUCCUAGGCACUGCCAUGGCUGGCUCCUUGUUCUGCCUCUUCUCGGGACAGCCCCUCAUCAUCCUCAGCAGCACAGGGCCCAUCCUCAUCUUUGAGAAGCUCCUCUUCGACUUCAGCAAAGGCAAUGGCCUGGACUACAUGGAGUUCCGCCUCUGGAUUGGCCUACACUCAGCCAUCCAGUGCCUUAUCCUGGUGGCCACAGAUGCCAGCUUUAUCAUCAAGUAUAUCACCCGCUUCACCGAAGAGGGAUUCUCCACCCUCAUCAGCUUCAUCUUCAUCUAUGAUGCCAUCAAGAAGAUGAUCGGUGCCUUCAAGUACUACCCCAUCAACAUGGACUUUAAGCCUGACUCCAUCACCACCUACAAAUGCGAGUGUGUCGCCCCUGACACAGCGAAUACAACCGUGUUCAAUGCUUCAGCCCUGCUGACGCCAAACACCAACACCUCUCUGUACAACCCCCUUAACCUCACAGCGCUGGACUGGUCCCUGCUGAGCAAGAAGGAGUGUCUGAACUACGGUGGGCAGCUGCUGGGGAAUUCCUGCCAGUUCAUCCCAGACCUGGCACUCAUGUCCUUCAUCCUUUUCUUUGGGACGUACUCCAUGACCCUGACUCUGAAGAAGUUCAAAUUCAGCCGCUAUUUCCCUACCAAGGUCCGGGCUCUGGUAGCAGACUUUUCCAUUAUCUUCUCCAUCCUGCUCUUCUGUGGAAUUGAUGCCUGUUUUGGUCUGGCAACCCCCAAGCUGCAUGUGCCCAGCGUCAUCAAGCCUACGCGGCCUGACCGAGGUUGGUUCGUGGCCCCCUUUGGGAAGAACCCGUGGUGGGUGUACCUGGCGAGCAUCCUGCCUGCCCUGCUGGUGACCAUCCUGAUCUUCAUGGACCAGCAGAUCACAGCCGUCAUAGUCAACCGGAAGGAGAACAAGCUGAGGAAGGCUGCUGGCUACCAUCUGGACCUGUUUUGGGUGGGCAUCCUCAUGGCCCUGUGCUCUUUCAUGGGGCUCCCCUGGUAUGUGGCAGCCACGGUCAUCUCCAUUGCCCACAUCGACAGCCUCAAGAUGGAGACGGAGACCAGUGCCCCUGGGGAGCAGCCCCAGUUUCUGGGGGUCAGGGAACAAAGAGUGACCGGCACCAUUGUCUUCAUCCUGACGGGCAUCUCUGUCUUCCUGGCUCCUAUCCUGAAGUACAUCCCCUUGCCCGUGCUGUAUGGAGUCUUCCUCUACAUGGGUGUGGCCUCCCUGAAUGGCAUCCAGUUCUGGGAACGCUGCAAGCUCUUCCUGAUGCCAGCCAAGCACCAGCCAGACCACGCCUUUCUGCGGCACGUGCCCCUGCGCCGAAUCCACCUCUUCACCCUGGUGCAAAUACUCUGCCUGGCGGUGCUCUGGAUCCUCAAGUCCACGAUGGCCGCCAUCAUCUUCCCGGUCAUGAUCCUGGGCCUCAUCAUCGUUCGAAGGCUUCUGGACCUCAUCUUCUCCCAGCAUGAUUUGGCCUGGAUUGACAAUAUCCUCCCAGAGAAAGAGAAGAAGGAGACGGAUAAGAAGAAGAAGAGAAGGAAAGGGGUCCCUGAGGACAGUGAUGAGGAGCCCCAGUUCCCUCCUCCCUCAGUUAUAAAGAUUCCCAUGGAAAGUGUCCAGUCAGAUCCCCAAAAUGGUAUCCACUGCAUUGCCAGAAAAAGAUCUUCCAGUUGGAGUUACUCAUUCUGAUUCUUCCUUCAGUGACUCAGACCUUGACCGAAGCAUCACUUUGCACUUCAGAAUUUCCUGUCCAGCUUCACCUGCUUUCAACUACUCACAGAGCCCAGUGUUCAUGGUGCCACAGGUGAAGAUAGAAAUGGAGUCAGACUGUGACUUCACAGAUGUGGACAGAUAUGGAAGAGAAACUGACGGCGAGACCACCCUCUAGGAUGCAGCUUCCCCCAGAUGUGGUUUAAUCUUCACUGUGGAAGGACAUGGUUUAAUCUUCAUUGUGAGGUCGGGGCCGAAUCCCUGAACUUCCCUGUGCCGGUUUCCUUAUUUGCCAAACCGAGGGUCACUCCACUGGAUAAAAAACUGAUCUGUGGGUGAAAAGUACUACUUAUGUGCAAAGCUAUCUCCUUUUUGUAGUUAUGAAAACAACAAAGGAAACAUACUUUAUUUUAAAAUGCAGUCCAGGAUAGAAAUUAUAACUUGUCUUGAAAUGAAAAAAAUGCUUGCCUCCCCAAAUUAUAGCUAGGAUAAAGGGGCAAUAGUAAAUUUUUAUUAAAACAAAUAUCAAUUAGAUUUUUUUUUAAGUUUAGAUUUUAAAGUAUCUAGAUGGUCUUGAAAGAACUAUUAAAAUGCUCACACUUCAGUACGCCAACGUUGGAAAAUUUGUUUUGCAACUUGGCAUUGGGAAGAAAUAUUUCAAAGGUCCUAUCUUUCCCUAUCUCAUUCAGUUUUCAAAGGGUCAUUUGUCAAGUCUGAACUAUCUGCAUGCAUUGCGGCCUUGUUCCAGCACAGAAGUGUGAGUGGAGCUUUCCCAGAUUGAAAAGCCAGUUGUGAAAGUCUGUUAAUGAAAGAACCAACACAUUAGAGUGGGUAAAUGUUUCUGAAAUAAAAUUGUUCUUGUUAAAGUGAAACUUCAAACCACAUGUUACAGCAACAAAAUGACCCUUUAAAUUAAUAGCACUGGUUUUUCACAUCCAGAAUAAGACUUCUUUACACCUUCAGGGAGGCUCUUCCUACAAAUUUUCAGUGGCCUGAUUCCCAAAGUCAAACUCCCAUCCACAUGACUGCUGCAUGUUAGGCAGAGCUAAUGUAAAAUAUUAAAUUAUAACUUUGCAGUAUUAGAUUACUACUUUAAAGGAAUGAUUAGAAGCCAAGUUGGAUAGAUUAAUGACGCAUUAGUAAAGAAGCAUGAAACUUACUAUCAGUCUGUCUUCAAUCCCCAUUUGACAAACAUCAACAUUGUUUAUUUAACACCUACUAUGUGCCUGAUAGCCGCAAUGCAUCUGACAUUUACUGUCUCCAAAACAACUAUGGAUAUGAAUUUCAAGUAAAUCUCUUUGGUUAGUCGCCACAUUUACUCAAGAUUACAAAUGCAGGUGCUUUUUUCUUUAUUCUUUUCUAUUUUUUAAAGACAAAUGACACUAGAUCAUUAACAUUUGGGUACUAGGACAGGUAAUUGCCUCUGCAAUCUUCAGAGCCUUGUACAGUGCCUGGUCCAUGGAAAAACUCUCAGUGUUUAUUAAAUCUCAGAGCUCCUUUCCAAGGGAUACUGCCAAGAGGUAAAGCUCUAAGCCUCUCCCACUUGAUCACAGCAGAAUGACUAAGCUGCUCACUAAUCCAGAACCAUCCCCUGAAUUUAAGUGCAAAUUCUGUAUCUUCAUCUGCACCAAUCCUGGAAGAGCUACAAUCUACCCUUAACAUCUAUUUUAAAACUUGGCUGAUUUCCAAUGGCACUUUGUCCAAAUUAAACUGUAGAAAUGUUAUGGAUUCCGGAGUAAAUGUGCUUGAUUAAUCCCACAAGUUGGAAAACUAUGAUGUUAGUUUUUUGUUGCAAAUUGAUCACUGUAAUUUCCACCUUCUAUGUCAUUUAUAUUUUGUACACACAUGAACAUUGUAAUUUUGAUAGCUUUUAACAGGUUGACAUAUUGUUACUUUUCCUUGCAGUAGGUCAGAACUAUUUUCCCAUUUGUAACUAUAAUUCAAUAAAACUUAAUCCUGUCUGCUCAUCUUGCAAA